AUUUGUUUUCUUGUAGGAUUUGGAUCAUACACUAUAUAAACUCUCCUUUUCUUCUCGUCUCCUUUCUACUUUUCUCAAAUCUCAUAAUAAUUUCUCUGCAGAGAAAACAUGGAAGCUUACUCUGCAACCAGGUGGUUUUCUCUCUGUAUUGUGGUGUUGUUUCUAUGUUUCCAGCUGAUUCAGUGCAAUGUUACUUACGAUAAUAAGGCUCUUAUCAUUAAUGGGCAAAGGAGAAUUCUCUUCUCUGGCUCCAUUCACUAUCCCAGAAGCACUCCUCAGAUGUGGGAAGGACUCAUUCACAAGGCUAAAGAUGGUGGUUUGGAUGUUAUAGAUACUUAUGUUUUCUGGAAUCUUCAUGAACCUUCUCCUGGCAAUUACAAUUUUGAGGGAAGGUAUGAUUUGGUUCACUUCAUCAAGCUGGUUCACAAAGCUGGUCUCUAUGUUCAUCUUCGCAUUGGACCUUAUAUAUGUGGAGAGUGGAAUUUUGGAGGAUUUCCAGUGUGGUUGAAGUAUGUUCCAGGGAUAAGCUUCAGGACAGAAAAUGAGCCUUUCAAGCUGGCAAUGCAAAAAUUUACCCAGAAAAUAGUACAAAUGAUGAAGGAUGAAAAUUUGUUUGAGUCUCAAGGUGGUCCUAUUAUUCUCUCUCAGAUUGAGAAUGAGUAUGAACCUGAAGACAAGACAUUUGGAUCAGCUGGUCAUGCAUAUAUGACUUGGGCUGCAAAAAUGGCUCUUUCUAUGAAUACUGGUGUUCCAUGGGUCAUGUGCAAGGAAUUUGAUGCCCCUGACCCACUGAUAAACACAUGCAAUGGUUUUUACUGCGAUUACUUCUCUCCUAAUAAACCUGACAAACCCACAAUGUGGACUGAGGCUUGGACUGCCUGGUUUUCAGAAUUUGGUGGUCCAAUUCACCAGCGUCCUGUCGAGGAUUUAGCAUUUGCAGUUGCUCGGUUCCUUCAGAAAGGAGGCUCUUUUGUUAAUUACUACAUGUAUCACGGAGGAACCAACUUUGGCAGAACUUCUGGAGGACCUUUCAUUACUACAAGUUAUGAUUACGAUGCACCCAUUGAUGAAUAUGGCUUAAUUAGGCAACCUAAAUAUGGCCAUUUAAAGGAUUUUCACGAGGCCAUUAGGUUAUGUGAAAAAGCUCUGCUCAAUGCUGAUCCUAUUGUCAGAAACCUUGGAGCUUAUAAACAGGCACAUGUAUUCUCUUCCAAUUCUGGAGAUUGUGCAGCUUUUCUUGUAAACUACCAUCGAAAUGGUACUUUAAAGAUUACAUUUAACAACAUGUAUUAUAGCCUGCCACCUUGGUCUAUCAGCAUUCUUCCAGAUUGCAAAAAUGUUGUUUUCAACACUGCCCAGGUUGAAGUCCAAACAUCCCAAGUGCAAAUGUUGCCCACAGCCACAGAGAAUGAAGGUUUCUCAUGGGAGACUUUCAGUGAAGAUGUAUUAUCAGUUGAUGAAGAUAAAAUAACCACAGUCUCUGGCCUCUUGGAGCAGCUAAAUAUCACCAGAGAUACCAGUGAUUAUCUCUGGUACACAACUGGUCUGACUAUAAGGUCGAACGAAUCAUUUCUACGUCAAGGCAAACUCCUAAAUCUUACAGUGGAAUCAGCAGGCCAUGCCUUGAAUGUCUUCAUCAAUGGAGAGCUUUGUGGAUCUGGACAUGGGAGCAGGAAAUUCAGAAGAUUCACAUUUACAGGACCAGUGAAGCUGCAUGCUGGAAAGAACAGAAUUUCUCUGCUGAGUAUAGCUGCUGGAUUACCAAAUAUGGGUACCCAUUUUGAAAACUGGAAGACAGGAAUCCAAAGGGUCACUCUCCAUGGCCUAGACAAAGGUCAGAGAGACUUGACCUGGAGCAAAUGGUCAUACAAGGUUGGGCUGAAAGGAGAAGACAUGAACCUUGGAUCUCCAAAUUCUGUUCCACCAAUUGAAUGGACGAAAGGGGACAUGUCAGCGCAAAACCGACCUCUGACGUGGUACAGGGCCUUUUUUGAUGCACCAGAAGGAGAAGAUCCUUUAGCAUUGGACAUGGGGAGUAUGGGCAAAGGACAAAUAUGGAUUAAUGGUUACAACAUUGGAAGAUAUUGGACCGCAAAGGCCACAGGCGAUUGCAACGGUUGUAAGUACAAUGGUACAUAUAGGGCUACAACUUGCCAAGUUGGUUGCGACCAACCUACUCAAAGAUGGUACCAUGUCCCAAGAUCGUGGGUGAAGAGAACAAAGAACUUGGUGGUAGUAUUCGAAGAAAUUGGAGGAGAUUCUUCCAAAAUAUCACUAGUGAAAAGAUUAGCCACAAGUGAUUAAUUCCAAGCUAUGCUUAUAGGAGCGGUGGGGCGGCCAAGAUGUUUUUGCCUUCCCUCCUUCCAAACUUCUUCAAAAUGGAAGUUUGGAAUAAUACAUAUACCAGUUUUGCCUUGCCUUGCCUUCCUCCAAACUUCUUUAAAAUGGAAUUUUGGAACAUAUACCAGUUUUGUUAGGAAAUCCAUUGCUGCUAAACAUACUUAAUUAAUUCUUAUAAUUAUUAAUUAC